GAGCGAGUCCUAAUCAUUUUCGUCUCCACGGCGGUGGCCACUUCAUAAGAAAAGAACGGUUUACUACAUGUAUGAACGGAAAAUUUAAAGAACUUCAGGACCUGUGAUGAAAAGCUUCUGUAGUGACUAGGGCAUUUUUUACAUGUACCAGGAAUGGACGUUUAGCUCAUCAACGUGUGGUACGGAACAUUUUGAGAACCAGUUUAGGACCAGUGAUUUGCCGACAGCUGUUGAAUUCAAGUAUCCGAGUUAUUUCUCCAGGAAACAGGAUCUGACUAAAGCGCUAGGCGAAUCGGUUCCUAUAACGCAGGAUGCUGCAGUCGCUGCUCCUCGUACUGCUUCUUUGCUGGCCAGCAGUGAAGGGAGCGACACGAAGGCCCGAUAACAUUGCCCUUUACAAGCCAACAUUUCCCAAUUCCUAUAACAAUAUCAACGUGAAUGAAGGGAGGCGAUACGCCAUAUACAGCCCGUACUUCAAGACAAACUUUGGGGUCAGCAUACCACAGGUUAUAUGGUUUUACAUCGACCUGCUGGAGGUGUUUGAGAUCGACCACGUCAUCGUAACCUCCACGGAAAACAGCUAUGGCAAAGAUGCAAAUAGGGACUUCUCAAUCUGGUGCGCCAAAACCUUCACCGACAAGAACGACAUUUGGAAGAAUCCGAUGACACUAUGCGCCUCUGAAGGCAGCGUCCCUCUCGUCCAACGAGAGGUGAAAACGUACACAUGCAAAAACCUGUGUCCUGGACGAUAUCUGGUUUUUACCAAGUUGAGGAAUGUCAAACCGCUCGUCUUUAAUGAAGUUGAAGCUUAUGAAAAGGGAACUAUAAAAAACCGGGCAAUGUACCGCUUGACGCAGCAAGGCACCAAUUACGGAGAUUAUGCUUAUUCAAGUCGAGGAGUUGACGGUCUACAUGGCUGUGAAUGGAGCACUAACUCUUGCGUUCACUCAAAUAGUAACGUCAUGAAGACAUUUGACUACUUCGCCAUUGACCUUGGAAGGACCUACAGGAUCUUUAAGAUGGCAAUUUCCAACAGACUCGAAACAUGUUGCAUUGACAGGGUCAAUACCAACCCAUUCGAGAUCCGUGUCGCUGAGGAAACGUAUGCUCAGGCCUUGAAUGAUAAUGGUUACAAGCUCUGCUACCGGAGAGCCAAGACUCAAUUCAUCUGGGAGGCAGAGUUUGAGUUCGCUUGUGUAAAAAAGACAGUGGGACGAAUCGCCAUGUUCUACAUCAAGGGCGAAUACGCUUUGGCGUGGUCAUAUAACUUCUGUGAGGUUGAGGUGUUGGCUGAAAUUGAAGAAGAGAAUAUUGCAUACAUGAAGCCAACAAUGAAGAUAGACGAGAUAGGCACAACGAGCCAGGCUUCGAGAGCAGCAGUGGAUGGUGUCAUGAAUACCGUCUUCGCACUUGGUUCAUGCAUCGCCACGCCGGGGACUAGCAAGACAGAAUGGUGGUCGGUGGACUUGAUGAACACGUACAUCGUGCGAAAAAUUCUCAUCUUUUCACGAGUUGAGUCUGCCGAAGGCGUCUGCAUCAAUAACCUCGGGGUGGCCAAUGACAUUAAGUCCAUCCCAGACAGCGCUAUUACCUCAUCCGAUUUCUAUUCCUACUACUAUUACAAGUACUACGCGAAGAGUGUCCGCUUGAGUUCCUUUACCAAGAGGGGGCAAGAUUCGUGGUGUUCAAAGUACCCCAGCCGGAAAUCCUGGUUGCAGAUUGACCUUGGAAAACUGGCAACUGUAACUGGGUUUACGUUUCAGGGUGCCUAUUAUUACUACUAUACCAGCUCGUUUACAAUUGCAUAUAGCACCAGUGCCAGUGGCGCGCUGACAGGUUAUAAGGACGCCGCAGGAUCUAUGAUUAUUUUGCCUGGUGUUGAUUAUUACUACAGUAGAGUGAGGAUGACUUGGCUCGCAAAAGAGAUUGUGGCUCGUCGAAUCCGUUUCUAUCCUUAUACUUGGAAGACUAAAUCAUGCUUUAGAGUCGAGAUACAUGGAUGCUAUGACGCUGAAAACGAGCUUCAAAACUUCAAGGUAAAAGUUGCCAAAUCAUUCGACCCGACAAACUACGCCAAGAAUACCUUCUCGACCUGCCACACGCAGAAGGAACCGAUGGUGAAAGGCCACCACAGGUUUAUUCAUUGCAAGCCUGCCGCCAGGGGGCGCUAUGUGGUGAUAGAAAAGGAUCCCGCCCUGAAUGCCCCACUGAAGUUUUGCGAAUUGGAAGUUUACGGCCAGGAGUAUGAUGGUAACCUUGCCAGUCAAAUGGUAGUCAAACAGAGCUCUACUAAUGGAACCAACGUAGCAUCACGAGCUGUGGACGGCAACCGGGACUCGGUGAUGGGCCGCGGUUCGUGUUCGGAGACCAAGACGUCGACCACUCAAAACUGGUGGAGUGUUGACCUAGGCCAGAGGGAAGAAAUUGGAACAGUCAUUAUCACAUCAGGCACAGGCAGCUGUGAAAAGACGAUGAGAAAUAUUUCCAUCCUGACAACCGAGAAAUUCGAUUCGACGAAUUUUGAAAAGAAUGUCUUCAAAACCUGUCAUCACUUCAAGGGUAUUUUCCAGGAGGGCGAAAUAAAGACCUUCCAGUGUGCUAAGGGCACUCGGGGUCGAUACCUAGCCCUGUCCACACCCGGUGCCUACCCUCUCUCGCUGUGUGAGGUCGAGGUCUACCCAGAUAAUGCAGUCAGGACUAACAUUGCCCAAGACAAACCAGCCGCGCAGAACUCCGAUGCUGCCGGAUAUUCCGGUUCCGCCCGCCUCGCUGUGGAUGGAUUCCGCUACACUGACCCUGCCAGGAAUUCCAUGUCCUUGACCCCUAGUGGGUCUCUGACCUGGUGGAGCGUGGACCUACUAGAUACUUAUCACGUCAGGAGGAUGGUUGUUGUUAACAGGGAUGACGAAAGAGCUGAAUGGCUCGCUGACUUCCAGGCUCUUGUCUCCACUGCCUUUUCACCUCACUCCAUCAACGCAGUGCCUUACGAAAUCUGUAUCAACGGAGACGAGAAGAUGGGGCCAGGAGAAAUCCGCUCCCAGGUCUGUCCCAAGAAGGCGGAGGGGCGAUACGUCUUCGUCAGGAAAAAUAACGGGUUUCCACUAUCUCUCUGCGAGGUGGAGGUCUACGCUACGCAACCACGAAAAAACCUUGCUCAUGGCAAGAGUGCAUUCAUGAACACCGACAUUCUGACGAGCUUCAGCAGCAGCGCCCCUCGUGCCACAGACGGAGUCUACAACAAUGACUUCAAGUUCGGCUCCUGUUCUUCAACAGCGGGGACACAAGAGAGGGAAUGGUGGGCUGCAAAUCUGAUAGACGACUAUGUGGUUGAGAGUGUCUUUAUUACAAACAGAGGAGACUGUUGCGCAUUUCGUCUGAGGAAGUUCUACGUAUCUUUGAUGGACCAGUUCAAUGCUUUCGACUUUGACAGUAACUAUUUCCGCCUUUGUAACGACCAGAGGAAGACAGCAGGUGGUUUAGACAUCCAGGAGUUGCGGUGUCCUCCCGCAGCUAGUGGCAGACAUGUCCUUGUCAUUAAGGAGGGCGCCAAGAAUGAACCAUUGGUGCUUUGUGAGGUGGAGGUGUAUGGCAAACCGGUCUCCAAGCAGACUUCUCUCGAGCAGCAGAAAAUCGAUGGCACGUACUUCGGACCAACGUUACAAUCACUGGCGUACUACUCGGCAGUUAGUACAUCGGGGAUGGCGGCCGAUGGGAAAAGGGAAAUCAAGCCAGACUCUGCCUGUAGCAAGACCGAAGGAAAUGGGAAAACUGAAUGGUGGAACAUCGACCUUAACGCAGUCUACAAACUGAGCCGAGUCGAUGUAUAUACUGCUGCCAAUGCAAGUGCUACAAAGAUGCAGAACAUGACAGUGGUGGUCUCGAAUGACUUCUACCCGGAGGAUCUCAACUCCAUCGCCGACCAGGCCCACAUGACCACGGCAGCUCCAACGUCAUCCACUUCUACAGAUGCUUCGACGACAACUGCAGCAACGACUACUGCAGCCACAACUGCUGCUACAACUACGACAGCAACCACAGGAUCUACGGUUAGCACCACGGCAGGUACAACGACCACGCAAAGCACAACGACGCAACGACAACCUGUGGCUUUCACCGUUUGUAACACGUUCUACGGCACCAUCAUCCCGGGCCAGGUCAUCCCGUUUGAAUGUCCAAAGGGUCUUGUGGGGCGCUACGUAACUAUCCUCAAAACGCCUGCUAUCAAUGAUCCGCUCACUUUGUGUGAAGUCGAAAUGUUUGGUGUCAUCAACAGGCACGUAAACUCGCCAACGCCUUAGAAAUAGACAUGCGGUCAUGCGGGUGUAAAAUACGCAUCUUCGGAAUGCAUCAGCACGUGUGUAAAAACGAGCACCUUGUUCAAUAGCGUAUUGCUCACCAUCCUUGUUUUAUUACCUGUUGUCAAAGAUCGAAAUCUCCUGGCGCUCGUGAUGUGCCCUAAUUAUUAUCAUCACAGGAGAAAAUAUGCGAUACCCUAGAAUGAACUGGACUGAGAACAUAAACCCAUUGCUUAAUUGUCUAGUUUGAUUUAGUACACCACGGAAGCAGAUUAGAUGUAUGCUUAAUAAUCAAAUGACCAACAGUCGUAGCAUCUAGAAUUAACAUAGACUUGCCUUUAUUGUUCUUGAUCUUCAUUCUGAUGUCCAACACCUUACUCUUGAAUACCACAUUGUGAGACUAUCACUUCAGCUUGAACUAGAGAG